AUGGUGCUCUGGAUGGGGAUCAAGGGGAGACUUGAUGAAGGCACCGCACAAGAGAGUGGAACAUCGGUGAUCAGUGAAGGCUUCGUCGCGGCAAACGACAACCCACAAACAAUGGUUCGAUUCUCUGAUAGGACCGGCCCGUCCAACACAGGACGGCCGGACACAGACAACCAUCUCGAUCGGAAGCCCCCAGCUCCAUGCAAGUUUUCGUGUCGAACUAUGAACGAGACCGACACUAAUGCGGAAUUUGCCUUUUCGAGCUUGCGCCCUGCUUGUCUUCAUUCACAAUUCCGUGGGCAAAGAAUCAGAUUUAUCAAUCCGCGCUGCGUCGAGCCCCACCCUCUUCCCCCUUUUGGGUCUUGUUUCCUUUACCGCGAGUUCAGAUUUGGAAGGCUUCUCGAACAACGUAUUCGACGAUCCACAGCGCUGCCGAUUCAUUUCUACCUGCAUUAUUGUCCGCCUCGCAAAGACCGCAUUUGGUCACGGUCGCUCCGCCAGACCUCGUCAAUGAAAUUUGCGGCACCUCCGGGCAGCCGCAAUAGAGAUUCGUUCUCGCGGUUCUACACAACUUGGUGUGGCGGAUUUCGCACUAUGCCUUUGCGAGCCACUGGCUUGGCCAUGGCAGGUGUUUCGGAGAAGGCCUCGGCAGCGCUGUUUUGGGGAGAACGUGGUUUGGGUCCUUCAACUGCAACAAAUCUGGAUAUCAUCGCGCGCAGCCCGAAAACGAACAGGAAGAUGUAA